CCCUGUGGGGAACCAACCACAUCCGUCCACCUCUGCCAUUUCACGUGUCCUUAUCCACAAUUUUUUUUUUAAAAAAAAUUUUCUCCCCUGCCUGAACUGAAACUCUUCCUGUAUUUUCUUCCAUUUUCCAUCCAUCCGGUCACUGUUCUCCUUUAAACAAAUGGCUACUGCUCUGUUAGCUUCAUCGCAAACAAGUUUCCACCACCCAAUAUCAGUCUCUGUCUCGUCAUCUUCAUGUCAUUCUUCUUCAGCUUCAUCAGUCUCUCUGUUCACUCCCACAAAGCCUCGAAUCCCUUUAUUACCUUCUUACAAAUCCAGCUUCCUAAACCCAAUCGGUAACAGUUUCAAGGACAUUGAGACAGAACCAAGAAAAAGCAGGGUCUGUUCAUUAACGGUUCGGAUGUCAUGGGAUGGUCCUCUGUCCUCUGUCAAAUUAAUCAUCCAAGGCAAAAAUCUUGAGUUAACAGAUACGGUUAAGCAGCAUGUUGAGGAGAAGGUUGGUAAGGCAGUUCAGAAGCAUAGUCAUCUUGUGAGGGAAGUUGAUGUCAGGUUGUCUGUUCGAGGUGGAGAAUUUGGGAAAGGCCCAAGGAUUCGACGAUGUGAGGUUACUUUGUUUACAAAGAAGCAUGGAGUGGUUCGUGCAGAGGAAGAUGCUGAGACAGUAUAUGGGAGUAUAGAUUUGGUGUCCUCCAUUCUACAAAGAAAGUUAAGGAAGAUUAAGGAGAAAGAAUCAGACCAUGGCCGACACAUGAAGGGCUUCAAUAGAUUGAAAGUUAGAGAGCCAGUGGCAGUAUUAGUGGAGGAUGAGGUAGAGGCAGUUCCUGAGCAGGAGGAUGAUGUAGAGGCAGUUCCUGAGCAGGAGGAUGAUGGCUUGAUAGAUGAGAUUGUUCGUACAAAAUAUUUUGAUAUGCCACCUCUGACUGUCUCUGAAGCAAUUGAGCAGCUGGAAAAUGUUGAUCAUGAUUUCUACGGUUUCCGUAAUGAGGAAACUGGUGAGAUUAAUAUUUUAUACAAAAGGAAAGCUGGAGGGUAUGGACUCAUUAUACCAAAAGGAAAUGGUAAAGCUGAGAAAUUAGAGCCAGUGGUGGUAGAUUCUGCCAAACAACACUCCUUUGUAGAAUAGGUUGGUCUAAAGAAAGGAAGGUCAUUUUGUAAGACAGAAAUAUGGCAAGCUUUUCAGUUCGUCUGUAGAUUUUUCAUGGCAACACUAUAGAUGAAGGUCAAGGCAUGUCAAGACACACUACCGGGGCUGAGAUUAAGUGAAGAUGAUCUUUUAGGGUAUAUGAAGAUUAUCAUGUGGGUGAUUACAUUUUGAAAGAUUAGGACACCUUUUGGUGCCUGAUGUACAGGGAUGAGAAAAGACAUGUAUAAUCACCAUGCAAUCUAUAUACAUGUUUAUUUUGCUCAA